AUGUUUCCUAGUAAGCGUAGGGUUGAAUCCACUUCUGGUGCAUCAGGUUCUCGCCGAUCACGUAGGAAGUUGCUUCUUGUAGAUGCUUCUAUAUUGCCUGUGUAUUAUGACUGCGGUGACUGUUGUUGUAUAUGUGAGUUUUGUGGUGCGUUUUUUUGGUAUUAUGAAAGGGUAUUAUACUUAUCUCGGGUUGAUCAUCCACGUUAUACUAAGUGUUGCAAAUCAGGUGUUGUUGUUCUCCCGCCCCCUGUUCCUCCACCUGAUGUACUCUAUGAAUUUUUUGAAGAUGACCACUUUAUGCGAAACAUACGGGCAUAUAAUUCUAUGUUUUCCAUGACCUCCUUUGGUGCAAAAGUGGAUGAUGAGAUCAAUAAAGGUCGUGUACCUUAUGUGUUCAAGGUUUCCGGCCAGAUAUUUCAUUGGAUUGGUUCAUUCUUUCCGCAAGAUGAUAAACAACCCCGAUUUUUACAGAUGUACAUGUAUGACACUGAUAACGAGCUAUCUAAUAGGCUACGUUCUUUCCGUGGUGAAAAUAAUGUGGUCUUAUCAGAAGAGGUUGUUGCUACUUUGAAUCGUAUGUUGGAUACACAUAACGAGUAUGUGCGUACCUUCAAAACGGCGAGAGAAAUGGCUCAAACAAUGAGGUUGGAUUCAUAUGGUGUUCGUCUGUUUAAUAAUGUGUCUGAUAGAAGAUACCGUCCACCAAUUCCUGGUAGUUUAGGUUGUAUAGUUUAUGGUGAUGAUACAUGUGGUGUUGCUUAUGAUAUUGUUGUGUAUUCUAAAUCCGGAAGAGUUCAACAGGUCAGUAAACUGCAUCCUAGCUACAUGCCUUUGCAAUAUCCAUUAUUGUUUCCUCAUGGCGAAGACGGAUGGUCACCUGGGUUAUAUCUUCGUGGUCAUUAUACGUCAGAGGAUAGGAAUUUAACGAAUAAUAUGUAUUAUAGCUACCAAAUUCACGAUCGACGUGCUGUUUAUUCUCUAAUUCUACGAGCCGGAAGACUUUUUCAACAAUAUUUGGUUGAUGCAUAUAUCUGUAUUGAACAAUCAAGACUCGACUACAUACAUCAUAAUCAGCAACAGCUACGUUCAGAGUACAUCAGUGGUGUUUAUGAUGCUUUAUCGAAAGGGGAUACAGAUGGUCGUGUUAUUGGUAAACGGAUUUUUCUUCCUGCUUCGUUUGUUGGUGGACCAAGAUGGCCGGAAUAUAGGAGGUACAUGGAUGUUGUCGGUCAAAGUGAUAUCCAAGAUAGGCCAGAUAUUAUUGCUCGCAUUUUCCAUAUUAAAGUGCACGCUUUCAUUACUUUUCUUAAAGAGGACAAAACUUUUGGUGAGGUAGAUGCAUAUCUAUACACCAUUGAAUUUCAGAAAAGAGGAUUGCCUCAUUGUCAUACACUCUUGUGGGUUACUUCACCAUUUAAAAUACGGGAUGCUGAAGAUGUAGAUAAAUAUAUAACUGCUGAGUUGCCGGACUUCGCAUCUGAACCCGCAUUGUAUAGAACGGUUACUACAUGUGUAGAUCGUGUUCGGUUCACUCUUCAAAGAUCAGAAAUUGAUUGUGCUACCUCCUCCUCUACUACAUCUAAUGCUAUUAAUGAAAUCAAAGAAUUCUUGGAUGGUCGAUAUAUAUGCCCACAUGAAGCAUCGUGGAGGAUCUUAAAUUUUCCUAUUCACGAACGUCAUCCGGCGGUUCAUGUUUUAGCAGUUCACCUAGAAGGUAUGCAAACUACUAUUUUCAAGGAAAACGCAAGGCUUGAUACAAUAAUUGGUAUUCCAACCUUUGGUGUAACAACAUUGACGGAAUGGUUCCGUAAUAAUCAAGCGGAUACACGAGGUGUUAACCUUACAUAUACUGAUUAUCCGAGCAUAUACCGAUGGGACACUACUGCUAAAGCCUGGAUUCAUAGAGCCAUUACAACUAAAAGAACCAACACAACUAUUGGCAGACUUGCAUAUGUGCACCCAACUGCAAGAGAGUUGUUUUACUUACGGAUUUUACUUUCCCAUCAAAAAGGAUGUAGGUCAUUCAGUGAUAUCAAAACUGUUCAUGGGAGAACAUAUUCUUCUUUUCGUGACACAUGUGAGGUAUUGGGUUUGACCGGUGAUGAUAGAGAAUGGUUAAGAGCUUUCGAUGAGGCGGCUUCUUGGGCAACUGCUGCUGAAUUACGAUCACUUUUUUGCAAUUUGCUAUUAUUCUGCGAGGUAGGCAGUCCCGUAUUACUGUGGGAGUCAGCAAAAAGCAAAAUGGGCGAUGACAUAUGUCAUGCUUUUACUCAUGCUUCCUCAGAUUCUCAACUUAUACCAAAUGCCACCACUGUUGAAGAGCAAGUGCUUUUGGAAAUUCAGAAAAUUCUUCUUGCUUCAACUCCAUCAAGAUCUCUUAUAGAUUUUGGAUUGCCCGUGCCAUCCCCAUCUAUUUUAGCUGUUCUAAGAAAUCGACUUCUUCUUGAAGAAACAAACUACAACACAGAAUUGUUAUCCACUCAACAUGCUUGUAUGGUUUCAAAGUUGAAUCCAUAUCAACUCAAAAUCUAUCAACAUGUUGUCACCACUGAAGAAAACAAAAAGCAAUUACUCCUUUUUGUUUAUGGACACAGAGGUACAGGUAAAACGUAUUUGUGGACAACCAUUCUUUCGUAUUUCAGAUCUAUAGGAAAAAUAGUUUUGGCUGUUGCAGCAUCAGGUAUUGCAUCAUUGUUGUUACCUUCAGGCCGUACCGCACACUCCAGGUUUGUUAUUCCACUUGAUCUUAACGGCAAACGUUCAUGCAACAUUAAAAAGAAAACACAGUUAGCGGAGCUUCUAAAGUGA